CCGCUGAGGGGGACGCCGCGGCGGCGGCGGGUGGAUGCGAGUUGGCCCGGACCUUGGCGCAGGGGAGCCCGCCCGUCAUGUUAAGGGAAAGCAGCGCGGCUCGGUGCUGAACAUGCUCAGACGACUGGACAAGAUCCGGUUCAGAGGUCACAAAAGAGAGGACUUCCUCGAUCUCGCCGAGUCCCCCAACGCCUCGGACACCGAAUGCGGAGACGAGAUCCCCGUGAGGAUCCCGCGGACCUCAACCCGCGACAGCGAGGAGCUCCGGGACCCCGCUGGUCCAGGGACCCUCAUCAUGGCUACAGGCAUCCAGGACUUCAGCCGGACAGAGUAUGAUCGGCUUAACGAGAUCAAAGGUCACCUAGAAAUCGCCCUGCUGGAGAAACACUUCCUGAAGGAGGAGCUCCGGAAACUGCGAGAAGAGACCAACUCCGAGACGCUGCGGCAGGAGCUGGAGCGGGAGCGACAGCGGCGGGUGGAGCUGGAGCAGAAGGUGCAGGAGGUGCUGCGGGCCAGAACCGAGGAGCAGGCGGCCCAGGCCCAGCUGGCAGCAAGAGGACAGACCCCUGUCAGCAAUGGCACAGACCGCUGGGGCCAGGGCGUGUCCUCGCGCGUGCAGAAGUGGUUCUACGAGAAGUUUGGGGAGUACGUAGAGGACUUCCGCUUCCAGCCAGAGGAGAGCACCGUGGAGACAGAGGAACCCCUGAGCGCUCGCAGGUUAACAGAAAACAUGAGACGACUGAAGCGUGGGGCCAAGCCCGUCACGAGCUUCGUGAAGAACCUGUCUGCCUUGUCGGACUGGUACUCCGUCUACACCUCCGCCAUAGCCUUCACGGUGUACAUGAAUGCCGUGUGGCACGGCUGGGCCAUCCCUAUGUUCCUAUUCCUGGCGAUUCUGAGGCUGUCCCUCAAUUACCUCAUAGCCAGGGGCUGGCGGAUCCAGUGGAGCAUCGUGCCAGAAGUUUCUGAGGCCGUGGAACCUCCCAAGGAAGACCUGACGGUGUCUGAGAAGUUCCAGCUGGUGCUGGACGUCGCCCAGAAAGCCCAGAACCUCUUUGGCAAGAUGGCCGACAUUCUGGAGAAGAUCAGGAACCUGUUCAUGUGGGUCCAGCCUGAGAUCACACAGAAGUUGUAUGUGGCGCUGUGGGCCGCCUUCCUGGCCUCCUGCUUCUUCCCCUACCGCCUGGUGGGGCUGGCUGUGGGCCUCUACGCGGGCAUCAAGUUUUUCCUCAUCGACUUCGUCUUCAAGCGCUGCCCCCGGCUGCGUGCCAAGUAUGACACGCCCUACAUCAUCUGGAAGAGCCUGCCCACUGACCCGCAGCUCAAGGAGCGCUCUGGCAACAGUGCGACCCGCAGGCUGCAGGCAGCUGCGUCACGAAGCUACGUGUCCAGCGCACCGGCCAGCCUGAGCAAAGAUGAAGAGGCCAGCCGCUGCCACACCACCAAGAAGGGCAACUUCCAUGAGAUCUUUAACUUGACGGAGAAUGAGCGUCCGCUGGCUGUGUGCGAGAGCGGCUGGCGCUGCUGCCUCAUCAACAGAGACCGGAAGAUGCCGACCGACUACAUCAGGAACGGGGUUCUAUAUGUCACGGAAAAUUACCUGUGCUUCGAAAGCUCCAAAUCCGGGUCCUCCAAGAGGAACAAGGUCAUCAGGCUGGUGGACAUCACCGACAUCCAGAAGUACAAGGUCCUGUCUGUCCUCCCGGGCUCUGGCAUGGGCAUCGCCGUGUCGACACCAUCGACCCAGAAGCCACUCGUGUUCGGCGCCAUGGUGCACAGAGACGAGGCGUUCGAAACCAUCUUCAGCCAGUACAUGAAGAUCAUGGCCGCAGCCGGAGGCAGCGACAGCUAGGACUGACCUUCCCGGGGACGUGGCCCGGGCAGGUGGACGCUCGGAGAGCUUGGUGACCUGCUGAUACCCCCGAGCCCCGUGGAUCAGUUGCGUGGAUCCCUGCAUUGCACGGCCUGGCAGGAAGGGGCGAGCUCAUGACAUG